AUGAUGCCGACAAAGUCCCACAAGGAGCUCUAUCGGGAAGCCUUCUUGAAAGUCAAGGCCGAUCGAGGAACCCCUUACGAUGUCAGCCAGGAAGAGCUCGAUGCAAUGAGCACAUUUUCUGGCCGCAAUUUUGGACCCUUCGUAAGCCAAAGCCAAGCGACGAAAGAAGUCGUGGAACACAACAAACCGAGCCGAAAGCCAUCAUCUGCUGAACUUGCAGCCAUUCAGCGUCUCCGCUCGGCAUUGAAAGACAGUCUCUGGAGUCCCGACAUCGUAAUCAAAGCCUUCCACGAUCUCGACAUGAUAUUCUUCCUCGGCCGACUCCAUCACAACGUCCAGUUCCAAUGGCGGACGCCCGACGCCUUUGUCACCCACGUGCAGCCCGAAGAUUUCGCCUUGGGCGCGACGGUGGGAACCGGCAGGGUCGGCCAAAUGAGCAUCAUGCUGCACGCGCACAACCUUCUCCUUCGCGACGUGAUCCGGGACCCGUGGAUGCACAUGUGGUCGACGGCGUUGCACGAAAUGUGCCAUGCGUACGAAGGGGUUCGGGCGCAGACGGGUAUGCGGGCCGGGCAUCAGAUGGAUUUCGGCUUGAAGAUCCAGGCUGUGCAUGAGCGGGCGCAGGGACUGUUUGGGUUGUGGGCGAUUGUGCCUGCGGGAGAAUUGGCACGGUGCGGGUUGUACCAGGUAUGA